AUGGACGCCUGGGUGUGGAAAGCCUGCCUGUUGGGCUUGCUACCUGCUGUGUUGGGCCAGAUGCACCCCGAGUGUAACUUCAUCACCAAGUUACAAGAGGACGAGAACACCUGUCUCCACGCAGCAGGGGAGACACCUAACGCCACCCUGGGCUGUCCGCAGAUCUGGGAUGGGCUGUUGUGUUGGCCCGCGAUGGGCUCCGGCGAGUGGGUCACCCUCCCCUGCCCAGAGUUCUUCUCUCACUUCAGCUCAGUACCAGGGGUUGUACAGCGGGACUGCACGGUCACGGGUUGGUCCGAGCCCUUCCCGCCUUACCUCGUGGCUUGUCCGGUGCCCCUGGAGCUGCUGAUGGAGGAGAACACUUACUUCUCCACCAUGAAGACUGUCUACACCGUUGGCCACAGCCUCUCCAGUGUGGCCCUGGCCGUGGCCAUGGCCAUCCUACUCUCUUUCAGGAGGCUGCACUGCCCCCGGAACUACAUCCACACGCAGCUGUUUGCCACCUUCAUCCUCAAGGCGGGAGCUGUGCUGCUGAAGGACGCCAUGCUGUUCUCUGGCGACGGGACUGAUCACUGUAGCUUCUCCACGGUUCUGUGCAAGGUGGCCGUGGCCACCUCCCAUUUCGCCACCUUGACCAACUUCAGCUGGCUGUUGGUGGAAGCCGUCUACUUGAGUUGCCUCCUCGCCUCCCCCUCACCCGGCUCCAGGAAGGCUUUCUGGUGGCUGGUUCUGGCUGGCUGGGGGCUGCCCCUGCUGUGUAUUGGCACGUGGGUGGGCUGCAAGCUGGCCUUCGAGGAUGCCGCGUGCUGGGACCUGGACGACAGCUCCCCCUACUGGUGGAUCAUCAAAGGGCCCAUCGUCCUCUCUGUUGGGGUGAACUUUGGGCUUUUUCUCAAUAUCAUCCGCAUCCUGCUGAGGAAACUGGAGCUGACUCAGGGCAGCCUCCACACCCAGGCUCAGUAUUGGCGUCUCUCCAAGUCCACACUCCUUCUCAUUCCACUGUUUGGAAUUCAUUAUAUCAUCUUCAACUUCCUGCCUGACCACACAGGCCUGGGCAUCCGUCUGCCCCUGGAGCUGGGCCUGGGCUCCUUCCAGGGUUUCAUCGUUGCCAUCCUUUAUUGCUUCCUCAACCAAGAGGUGAGGACUGAGAUCUCCCGGAAAUGGCACGGCCAUGAUCCUGAGCUUCUGCCAGCCCGGAGGACACAUGCUAGGUGGUCAGUGCCUUCCCCGCAGGGACAAAGGUGCUGACAGCUGUAUGCUAGGCUGCCCACCACAUGCAACCUCCACAAGAUGCAAUGGCAACAUACAACUGCCAUAUCACAGAAUCACCCACAGCAUGCAGCCCGCAACCGCACCUGCCCUCGGGCAGCUAGAGUGCCCCCCAACCCCGCUUUCCUGGGAAGAAAGAGACCCAUGGGAGCCUCUGGAACUGGCUUCCCUCCCAGCUGCUGCCCAGCCCUGGGCAGGGCUCUCCCUUCCUCUACUGUCUCUUUCUGGAGCCCCUUCCCCCUCCUUUGCUGGCUCCUUCUCCUGGACAAUGAGGCCUGGAGGAGCCAAAGAACUUGUCAGCGAGCACAUGGCAGGUGAGGGCGAGUGACUGUGCCCCCAUCUCAUCCCCACGGAAGCAUCUCCACCA